UCUCUGAACUCACCCUCCUGUUAGCUGUGAGCUGUUAGCUGUUAGAGACAGCGCUGCGGCUGUUUGUUAUGAUUCAGGAAGAAGACUUCAGAAACCUCAGACCGACCCGGGUCAUUAACUACCACCGACCAGCUGCUGCUAAAGCUAAUGUUAGCUUCAAACACAUCCUUCUUCUACCGGACCGGAAGUUGGUUUCUGGAGUUCAGAGUCAUUGCUGCCACCUGCUGACGGCGCGAGGGAGGAGGACCAACUCUGACGUCAUGUUUCUGAAGCCAAAGGAGAUCCACGUGAAGUAAACGAGCUUCAGAGGUAGAGAGGAGAGCAGACUUCAGCGGUGAUGAAUAAAUUAAGAACAUGGCUCAGCAAACCGAAGAAGGAAGCAGAAACCCAGCUCAGGGGUCGACCUUUGACCUCAGAGAGAACUGACGGUGACAUCAGGAUUCUUGGCUCCGCCCCCCAGAAGCUAGAUGCUCAGCUAUUGUUCCCCAGGGAGAUCCUACAGGAAGACUUUGGACAGGAACCGGAAGUCUCUGUUGACCCAUCUAUCUGCAGACCCCUUCAAUGGCCUGUCCCUGAGCGCUCUGCGUCACCUCCAGCCUGCAGGUCUCUGGUUCAGGUGAAAAACUCCUCAGGUGACAGGAUGCAGGUGAAGCAGGACACAAUGGAAAGUUCUGACGUCAUCAGCGUCGGUCCUCCAGCGAUCGGAGCAACAAACACAUCACCAACAUCUCCUGGGCAUUUCGUACUACCUUUCUUUAAGAGGACGGACACCUCUUCCCUCCCCUCCUCUCCUUACCCAGGAGGGAGGAGGCUCCCCAGCUCUCUGCCUUGCUCACCCCUGAUAGGGGGGAGACACUGGAGGUCCUCCUCCCCCUCAUCCUCCUCCAGUCUGUCCAGACUCUGUGUCGAGGAAGCUCUGCAGAGAAGCAGAAACCUCAGACAGAGUGAGCCACGUUUCACACAGGUGAGAGAGGAUGGCGAGGAGGGGAGGCAGGGGGAGACAGCUGAGGAGGAAGACUGUGGGAGAGAGAGGGAGGAAGAUGAGGGUGAGGAGGAUGAAGAUUCAAAGCACCUGGGUCUUGACUUGUGGAGGUACUGCCUAGUGACUCCAUGUGUUUGUGACAGGUGUCCCAGUGCUCCUCCGUUUGAAGCUGACCUCGUCUCAGGUGUUCAGGUGUUUCCUUGGUUCAGCCACAGUUUGUCUCAGAGGUUGGACAUCCAGGGGAUGGGGGCAGGCAGUGAGCUGAGUGUACCCAGAGACAGAGCUCCUCAGCUGGGGAAGAGCUCCUGUCUUUACCCCUGUCUGCGGAGCAUCACGCCUGGCCUUCAGGACAGGAAACAGGAAGUGAAUCUCUUCGACUCUCAGGCCUAUGGCACACCUGACCAGUCCUGUUACCAUGGCAACACAACUGAUGAUCACCUGUGGCUCUCAGGUGCGCUGCAGACCUCCUGUUGUGAAGAUUGUAGGUUGAUCAUGAAGAAGGUGUUUAGCUGCUCCACCUGCACUCAAAGGACAGAGCCGCCGCUUCUGUUCCCACGAACUCAAAAACACAGAACACCUCUGCACCUGCUGUAACCAGGUACACACUCACCUGAGUCCAGGUGAUCACCCUGAGAGGUCACAUGAGGAGGGGGAGUCGAACAUGUGACCAAACAAGCGAACUACAGAGAGGCUCAAACAUCAGCUGUUGUCGGAUUUAGAGAUGUUUACAGGUAUAUACAGGUGUAUAAAGGUGUUUUCAGGUGUAUACAGGUGUUGUCAGGUGUAUGAAGGUAUAUGCACGUGUAUGAAGGUAUAUACACGUGUAUAAAGGUGUUUACAGGUGUAUACAGGUAUAUAAUGCUGUUUUCAGGUGUAUAAAGGUGUACACAGGUGUUGUCAGGUGUAUGAAGGUAUAUACACAUGUAUAAAGGUGUUUACAGGUGUAUAAAGUUGU